AUGCAGAAGGGCGAGGCUAGUGGCGCAGCGACGCCCCCUUCGGUUUUGCCGCCUUCCGGCGUGUGCGCCACGGCUCCGUCCGUCGACGCUGCGCUUGGCGAGGCCACUGCGCGUGACGGCGCCGCUGUUGAGGGGGAACCCUCACAUGAAACUGUAAGCCCGCCAUCGAUAGAACGUUUUGAUAGACAUUGCCGCCUGCGCCGCGCACUGGCGGCGAAGGAGGCAACUUUGCUGGAAAUCACGCAGCUUAUUAUGACUGGCACCACCUCAGAGAGGCGGGUUUUGCGCGCUUCCAAGCCGCGCAAGGCAACGACCGAUGAGGCUCCUUCACCGGCCUUGGCGGCCCCUACCACCAGUACUGCAGACAGUGCGACAGCGAAGUUGCCAAGCGCGCUUCGCCCCAACGAGCAGUCUUUUGCAGAGGUGCAGCCGGAUGUAGAUAACACAAAGCGGUUAAAAUGCAAAGAGCUUGACCAUCUGAAAGAACGGGUUCGACUUGAAAGGCUUGUGUAUGAUCUUCGUCGAGAAUUGGAGGCGGCAGGGCAUACGUUGCGCGAUCAGACAGAAGCCAUGAAGUCAGUGAGUAUGGGAAUGGCGAGAAUGGGCCCGCAUCGAUUGAUAAAAGCGCAGCGUGAGAAGAAGACGAAGUCGUUGAUGACAUCGGAAGCUUCGCUUGUGGAGAAGGUGAGUCAUUGGCGCGAGUUUAAUGUUUUUCGCGAGCGAGUGAAGAGACUGGAGGAACUUCUUGCGGCUGCACAGUGUCGCGCGGAGCGUGCUGAGAAGCAAUGUGCGGAGCAGCAGGCGACGGCGCUACAGCAAGCACCCAACAAGACGCAAGAAGAUACAACUCAGGUGGUCGGAUCCGGUGCUAUUUCAUCCGUCAACCCUUUUACUGAAAAGCGCGGGGUGGUUUUGACUACAGAAUCCGCAUCUUGCAGCAAGGACGAGAAAAUGAAUUACCAAAGUCUUAUGGAUAGAGUUCGUGAAGUGGAGGACGCACACCGCACGGCACGUCGUAUGUGGAGUGUGCAGGAAAGGGAAUAUAGACGCCACAUUCGGGUCCUUGAGGCCACAAUGUCGCGGAUGGAACGACAGAUGCCGGCUGAAAAGCCAAGUAAAGCUACACUGUUUAACCUGACACUGAGACUUGUGUCCUGUGAGGGUUUAUUUAACAGGUGCAACAACGGCGCCGGAUCGAUUGAUCCAUUUGUAGUUGUUUAUAGUCCAAGUGGCGAAAGAGUCUUUGAGACACUUCCGCGAGAAGACACGGACUGCCCGGAGUUUAGUGCACUGGAUGAUAUUGUCACACUGAAGGUGGCGCGUGGAUCCUCGUGGCAUAUUGUGCUUGAAGUUUACUCUCGGGGGGCGAAUAAUGCGCGGCUUUUCUUGGGACAAGCCAAGGUCCCCGUAGGGCCGUUGUUAGAAGACGUUGAGCCGGGCGGUGUGCGGAGGCACUCCGCGGAACUUAAAAUGCGAGAUCGUGAGACCGACAAUGAGAUUCUGCGGCAAGCCCGUCAUUUGGGUGCGAUUGUCUUUGAUGUGACUGUAGCGGUUGUGGGCUGCGGUGCAGCUUGCGGUAGUUGUUGGCGCCGCUCUUCAAGUUCUCGGGCGAGUCCACUGAUUUCUCCUGGGCGCGACGGAGAAGAGGAGACCAACGCCGGUGCGGAUGCCACGAAGCCCGGUGGGAGUGCCGCGCCCCUGACAGGCUUCACACUUCGCGUUGCCGCCGCAAAGGGAAUUCUUGAACGCGGACCGGGGGCGCAUUCACACCCGUACGUGGUGGUAUACGACGGCGGUACGGGUAAGGAACUGAUGCGCACCCCGCCCGUUCCGGAAACCAGUGAGGCUUCGUGGGAAGGUUGCCCUCAAGCCAGCGUUACUCUUCCUUCUCUGCGACGCCAUGGAGGCAUCAUCUUUCGUGUUUUUGACCAAGAUAGGGAUGGCAGGAGUGAAUUCCUUGGAGAGGCACUUCUUUCAAGGCGGCAGCUCUCCUCUGGGAAAGAGUGGCAUGAACUGAGGCUGGCUCCACGUGAGAAUGAGCCACUUACGCACAUACGAGAGCACCACGGGCGACUUGGAAAGUUGUUGGUACAUUGUACACGAGGACUACUGUCUGACAGUGUGGGAUGCACCGAGAAACAGGAGGAGCAUCUCCAUCGACAGCAGACCUCGACAAGGUCGUCAAGGAUUCUUUGCGAUGAGGCCGCCACUAGCGAUGGGAAUGCCUUGCUCCAACCUGUCAAGGUUCAAGUCCAUGUGGAGGGGUGUCGGGGUCUUUUAGAUGGGCCAGGAAGUGGGGGGGAUGUCUUUGUGCGUAUGGUGGCACCUAACUCUGCUGCGUAUACCACCAGCGUCGUGCCACGCGCCUUGAAUCCCUCGUGGAUGAAGAAAGAUGGGUGUGCCACAAUGACGCUGCACCCAUUGGACUCCGGCGUCAUUGGUUUCUACGUCAUGGCGUGUGAAGGGCAGCUAGGAAGUAAGGAGCAGACACUGGGUUACGCUCAACUCUCCGUCGGAGACCUUUUCCUGCGCGGGUUGGGAAAGAAGGAGCUGGAGUUGGAUGCACAGCCGCACGCAGCCGAUACACGGCUUCCGCCGUCUCCCAAGACAGCUCUCGGAAGUAUAUUAGUGUCAUUUGCGCUUGCCGGGGUGAGUUCUGUGAGUACGCAUAUAGAGAAGCAUGAAGCAACUGUGAAACAAACCGCAGCAGUCGCCACGGCCGAGGUACCCAACCAGGCAUCUGCCCCUCCGUUUACUGCGUCAUCAGUGACGUCGAAGAAAACGGAGGAGGUGGCGGCACCAACCGCGGUGUCUUUGCGCAUAUUUGUCAAGGAAGGUCAUGACCUUUUGGACUGUGACCAGGCGAUGUUCAAUGCAAUGGGCGUGACAGAUCCGCGAGUCCUUGUGUGGGUGGGUCCCGACCUUGCCUUUACGGUUCCUGAAAAGCGCGAUACAGUCAACCCCGUGUGGACGCAAGAAGAGGCUGAGUUCCUCCUCCGCGUACAAUCGACACAGGUCAUACGAUUUGAGGUACAAGAUGUGGACGUGGCUGGUUUUGACUCCAUGGGGUCUGCCAACAUCCACGCCUCCGAGGUCAUUGCUUCCCCCGGAGUGCGCAGCUUGCCGGUGAUGCUUGACGGAACACAAUACGGUACAUUGGUUGUCUUGUUUACCAUAGACACAAACGAUCACUCUAGCAGCUGA